AUGGAAUAUAUCAAAGUCGCAAAAGUUAACAACGUUAUACUCCAUAAAAAAGGGGUAUCGAUAGAAGGUACGUUGCAUCUGACUACACAUCAUUUGAUAUUUACUAGUGGGUCUAUUUCUAGAGAGUUUUGGGUUUCUUAUCCUACUAUUGGGACUGUUUUUAAAAAUAAAGGUAGUGCGAUUAUAUCGAAGCAUAAGCAUGAUCUGGAUGGUAGUACCAAGCCUUUAUAUAGAGGGAAAGAUAUAUGGGGGUUUGCAAACGUUAAGAUCGUUGGUAAGGAUUAUACAGUUUUCUCGUUAGAUUUCCCUAUAGAAUCCACGGCGCAGGACGUUUUUGACUCUAUUUUACAUUUAACUGUUUUACACCAAGCUUCACAACUCUAUGCGUUUAUAUAUGUUCCAAAUAAAACAGAGUUGCAAUUUAAUAGUUGGAAGCUUUAUGAACCGUUAUUGGAAUUUAGAAGACAAGGAUUAACCUUGGACUCUGAUUCAACUUGGCGAUCUACUAGCGUUAACGAUAAUUUCCAAUUGUGUGGCACAUAUCCCCGAAUUUUAGUGGUACCUGCUAUGAUUUCUGAUGCUCUUUUAAAGCAUGCAAGCAAAUAUAGAUCUCAAAACAGAAUACCGGUGUUGACCUAUUAUUAUAAGAAGACAGGGGCCUCAAUCAUACGAUCUGCACAACCCCUUCCUGGAUUGACUCAACAAAGGUCGAUCCAAGAUGAAAAAAUUGUUUAUGAGUCUUUCAAAUGUGCGAUAAACCAAACGAAUAAGAACCUGAUUGUCGAUGCAAGGCCUGCCACCAAUGCGAUGGCCCAAACUGCUUUAGGCGGAGGUACCGAAAAUAUGGACAAUUACAGCUUCAACAAUACUUGCACAAGGAUGUUUCUUGGCAUAGACAAUAUCCAUGUUAUGAGAGAUACACUAAAUUUCAUGGUGGAGAACUUCAUAGUUGACAAUGACUUGAAUUUACCUAUAGACAGGCACUCGUUAAACAUCAGCAAAGCAGCGAAUUGGUUAAAGCACAUAAGGCUAUUACUUUCGUCAGCAGAUACAUUAACAAAAUCUAUCAUUUUCAAUAGAUCCAAUAUUUUAGUCCAUUGCUCCGAUGGCUGGGAUCGUACCGCUCAAAUUUGUUCACUUGUCCAGCUUUGCCUAGAUCCUUAUUUCAGAACUUUUGAAGGUUUCAUGGUUCUUGUCGAAAAGGAUUGGCUUUCAUUUGGACAUAGAUUUGCAGAAAGAUGUGGCCAUCUCAGCUCAGAGUCAGUUUUCAGAGACAACUCAAUCAAUCGUAUAAAUAUCUCGAAUAACCAGCCAAUAGAUAAUGGUGAAUAUACAGAUGUUGCUGUAUCCACUUCAGAAUUAGUGGUAAGGAAAUCAAGUCAUAUUAAAAAGAAGACUAAUCUAAAACUCGGUUCGCCGAUUUUCCAGCAGUUUUUGGACUGCGUAUAUCAAUUACUAAUACAAAAUCCAGAGCAGUUCGAAUUCAACGAACGUUUCUUAAGAAGAUUAGUCUAUCACCUUUAUUCAUGCCAAUAUGGAACGUUCAUCUUCGAUAACGAAAAGGAAAGAGUAUUCAAUGAUGCAUAUAAUACAACUCGUAGUGUUUGGGACUACUUCCGCUCUAGAACCCGAGAAUUUACCAACUCGAGUUUUAAACCCAUCAAUCCACAGGAAGAAGAAGAUUGGAUUUUACCUGACCUUAACAAAGUCCAAUGGUGGUGGCAAUUGUUUGGCCGUAAGUUUGACGAAAUGAUUGAUACUAAUGACUCGGCUUCCAAUGAAAGCAACAACACGGCUUCUCAACAAACUCCUGAUGAUGGUAAUAGUAUAAAAAUUUACAAAAUAACCUCUAAGCUUGCUACAUUUUCACUAGACAUAUUUGGCAAGAAAUGA